ACCUGGCUAUUCAGCCAACUCUAAGUUAAAUUCAUCAAAGAUUCGAGCUUUCCUUCCGUAAGCUCCUAUAAAAGGAUUGCACGAGACCACGGCCGGGCACAGAACCAGAACGUGAAUCGGUCGAACAAUUGGCGUGCAAGAUCCGAGUGACCCAACUCGCAGGGGGGCUUCAUCUCUCUCUCCUGCAAAUUCCGUCACGGCACUCGACUAUUUCUUCUCCUCAUCACGUAGUUUUCGCCAUCCACGCACUUCCUUCGCAUGACACGAUCAGCGUCUCUUCCUUCGCUAUAUAUAUACAGAGACACACAAACAACGACCUUCUGCAGCACUCUCGACGACCAUGGCUCGCGUUCUCGUUCUCCUGGCAGUGCUUGCAGCCGCCUCGGCAUGGGAGCCUGCGAAGGCUCCCCCAUGCAGCAAGAUUACGGAGAUGAUCGUGCCGUGCAUUCCCUACUUGAUCGACAAGGCGGCGCACCCAGGACCGAAGUGUUGCAGCGGGGUGAGAGACCUGCGCAAGGCGACCAAGACCCACGACGACCUGGUGGCCAUCUGCGAAUGCCUCAAGCGCGCCGCCCACCUCUUCCCCGGGAUCGACCACCCGCGCGCCGACAACCUCCCCCACCUCUGCGGGGUGCGCUUCAACCUCACCUUCUCCCCCUCCGUCGACUGCAAGAAAAUUCCAGGGCCAGAAGAGCUGGAGAAGCAUCUGCUGUAGACUCCCUCCAUCAGCGUCUGCAUGCAUGAGCAAUCAAUCGCAGCAAAAGGAGGUCGAAACAACAUGAUUGCUCAGUGUUCACUUUACUCGGAAAUCUCACGCUUCCUUCAGUUGAUUCAAUAAAAUUGUAUGGUCUCAUGUU